CGCACAUCGAUUAUCUCUGCUAUCGAUUAUAAGAGUCUGCUGUGUUUAUCCGUGUACAAUGGCCGACGGCAGCAUGGGAACUGAAUCUGCAGAACCAAACCGAGAGGAACCUUAUCUUUACCGAGGAAGAACCAAAUGUUCCCCGGAGGAAGAGGCGAGACUGGAAAGACAACACUUCUGGAAAAUUAUCAACGCGUUUAAAUAUUACAGGACCCAUGUUGAGGAGAGUCUGAAGCGGUGCGAAAGGCAGUUCCUCAGUCUUCCUCUGCGCCAUCAGCAGCUCCUCUCUGGCUUUCUGGAUAAGCUUGGCGAGAUCCGACGCUGCAUGGAGUGCAACCACCAGGUCCUUAAAGCCAUCGUCAGGAACUGCACGCACAUGUUUGAGAACAUGGAGUAUGACGAGGAUGUAGGUGAAUCCCAGUCAGAAUCAGGAUGCAUCAAGCGUAGUGCUGUGCUCAGCGUCAGUGUUUUCCCUGUUGGACAGGACAACGUAAGGAGAGCUGGGCCUUCUUCAACAUUCGACAUGGACAAGCUGAAAUCCACCAUCAAGCAGUUUGUGCGUGAUUGGAGUGAAGCAGGCAAAGCAGAGAGAGAUUCCUGCUACAUGCCCAUCAUUGAGGAGAUACAGAAACAGUUUCCUCCUGAAGAGUGCGACGUCUCCAGGGUGAAGGUACUGGUGCCUGGAGCUGGCCUGGGUCGUCUUGCAUGGGAAAUCGCCUGCCUUGGUUACUCCUGCCAGGGCAACGAGUGGAGCUUCUUCAUGCUUUUCUCCUCCAACUUCAUCCUUAACAGAUGCGAGAAGGAGAACUCCAUGACGUUGUACCCUUGGGUUCACCAGUUCAGUAACAACAAGAUGUCUGCAGACCAGACAAGAGGUGUGACCUUCCCAGACGUUAACCCCCAAAGUCUCCCGCCUGAUUCCGACUUCUCCAUGACAGCUGGCGAUUUUCUAGAAGUGUAUACAGAUCCAGACACGUGGGAUUGCGUUGCUACUUGUUUUUUCAUCGACACCGCCCACAACGUCCUAGAAUACAUAGAGACCAUCUGGAAUAUUCUUAAACCUGGUGGUGUGUGGAUCAAUUUGGGGCCUCUGCUGUACCACUUUGAGAACAUGGCCAAUGAACUGUCCAUCGAGCUGAGCUACGAAGAAAUAAAGGAGGUCAUGUUGAAAUGCGGCUUUCAGCUCGAGAUGGAGAGAGAGUCAGUGCUCACUACAUACACGGAGAAUGAGCGCUCCAUGCUGAAGUACUUGUAUGACUGCGUGUUUUUCGUGGCGAGGAAACCUGCUCCACUGCUCUCCAACACCCAAAACUGUAAAGACCUUGAGCUUAAAAACUCAAACAACCACUACAACGAUGUGACGUCGGACACCGGGAGCCUUUAGACUUUUAGUCGUUUUAAUGUCUAGAAUAUUGAAUUAGACCCUGUUCCAUAUUUUUGCAGGAUUUUUUUUUUUAUGUUGCAGUUUAAAAACCCCACCUUUGUUGACUCCGCUUCAGUAUGAGGGUUACUCAAGAUUACUAAUAGGACAAGAUUAUGGAAAAAAAAAACAAGCAAAAGCCUGGAAACGUCAGCUGCUCCUGGUCAGAGAUGCCUGUGGGGUGUUUGGGAUUUAAACUUUUGAUGAUGCAAAACUGGCUUCCUGAAAGGAACUGGUAGGCCAAGUCGACUAGUGUGUGUUCAGAAUAUGAUUGGACACAGCUCUACUGGCAAAACCAGAAAUGCCCGAAAGAUACCUGGAUAUGAAUGCAGAAACUGUAUAUCUCUCUUUAUAUUAUAGCAGUUAUAGUUCAAACCCACCACUGCUGUGUUAACCAAGUCCAUAAAUCAGCAUGUUUAGCACAUAAAACCUGGCCAUUAUACAUUACACAUAAUAGCGAACGUUACUCUUUACAUUAAAGCGACUCGCUAUUGCAGCUAUUUCCCUGAACUGACAUGUGAAUGCAAUGCAUUAUGGGUGUGCCCCACAAUCCACUCUAUUCUGCUCCAUGAACCCUCUUAAGGCUGCUUUAAUAAUAUAUUUGUAUGUAUAUAGUCAGUUUGAAUGGAGCCCUGGUACAGUUCUUCAGGAAGGAGAGUCACAGUAUGGUGUGGACUAAUAUACAGCACGGGUGUUUAGUCUUAUCCAGAAAGGGUGUGGGUGCUGUUUUUUCAGUCCAACCAAACAGAAGCCAAACUUAAGUCUCUUGAAAACGAAGAUUCAACUGAUUAAACAGGCAGAAACAGCUGUGGCUCCUGAUUUAUUGGUAUGAAAACCUGCACCCUCACUGACCCUUUAUGGGAAAGAUUGGAAACUCCUGAAGUACUGAUGCACUGUGAGGAGGUCUUUGGUGCAGUCUGUGUUCCUGUUCAUCCCAAUGCUGGGGGUUGAGGAAUGUGUUCUGUGCAUAACACGAGUUCUUCUCAAAAAAUGUCUUUAUAAAAGACACAUUGUCCUGCUAGAACAGAAUUGGGACAAUUGUGUGCUUUGUACUUUGAUGCUCUAGUUCUCACAAACCUUUGGUCAUAUAGUGUAACUAAAACUGAAAGUAUCUAUGUGGUGGUCUCAGUCUGCUUCCAAGUAAUGAUUUGCAGUGAAGUGAGUCAGACAUGUAAUUUGUUCAUGUGAGCCAAAGGAUAGAGCUGUAGUGCUUCAAAAAUGGGAUUGACUCCGGAGAUUUGGACCGAUGGUCAAAAAAUAAAUAAACAAAUAGAAAUGCGACAAGCAAAAAAGUUUAAAGUAGUUCUUUCUACAAGUAUAAGACCAGCUAUCAAAUACCACCUGUGUGUUCUUUCUACAAGGGUGAUUUUUCUUUUUAAAUACCCUUACUGUUGUUUUAUUUCUGACAAAUGAUGUAGGACACCUUGAAAAAGUCUUUCCGUGUUGCUCAGCCAACUUUUGAUCCAAAAGUAUCAAAUUCUAUCUUAUUCACCAUCAGGCUGGCUUUACACCUAUGGAAAAGACUCAAACCUUCCAUAAAUUUCUAUAUAAUCCUAGAAAUUUCUAUAUAAGUCAGCAGGUGAGUUGAUUCUCACUGCAGUCAAGCUCUCAUGGAAAUAGACUUACCACUAACACUUCUGUAACUAUUAGACAUUCUUUUUGAAGGAUCUCACCUAAAUAUCUGUCAUAUUGUUGAGUUUUUACUGUUUUUCAGAUUGAAGAGUGUUGAGAGCUGAUCCGUGUUCCAUCAUGAUACUCAUGUUCUAACAGCCUAUGUUGUAUUUUUAAUAAUUUAUUCACAUUUCUGUUAGAUUUGUCAUUGGAUGAUUGUUGCCUUGAGAACAUUUUGGCUGUCUAAAUUGGAACAGCUCUAAGGAAAUAAGUUGUUUUAAACUUACUGUAUCGUAUCUUUUUUAAUACAAUAAAGGCCUUUUUUUUCUUCAAAA